GCUCAGUAGCAGACCAGCACGGCUGGGGGCUGGAGGUGUGAGGUUAGCUGAGAGAGAGAUGCCAUCCCUUCCACUAGACGAGGUCGAAGGAAGCGACAGAGAUGAAGCCUUCAGUGUGGCGGGCGUCCGCCACAUUCAUCAUACUGGUGUACCUGUAUGUGCUGGCGGUCCAGGAGAUACUGGGCGAGGAGGUGGUUGUCACCAGUAGUCAUCUGGCAGGUCCAGCAUACCACACGGGGCCAGCAUUGCAGCAUACGGGCCCAGCAUCACAUCAGACUGCGCCUAUCAGCCACCAGGAUGACUAUGUCCGAAACCACCACAAGUUGGAUGAAAAUGGCAACAGUCAAACCCACCAGUACGUCAAAGGAGUUGCUUUUGAAGCCACCGUGGAAGACCCAGAUGUGCCAGCCACAAGAGCCGUGGGGGGACCCAGCUACAGACCCUAUAACGUGGACUAUACUCCCGGAACAGCUACAGGCACUGCCCUCGACGAUGGGUACGGGCUGGAAUUCAAGUACCACAACUACGAUCAGCUGACGCGCUACUUGCGGACCACAUCGUCUCGUUAUCCUAAUCUCACCGCUCUCUACUCCAUCGGCAAGUCAGUACAAGGGAGAGAUCUGUGGGUGAUGGUGGUUUCGGCAUCACCGUACGAGCACAUGAUCGGCAAACCAGAUGUGAAGUACGUGGCCAACAUGCACGGGAACGAAGCAGUUGGAAGGGAACUCAUGCUGCAUUUGAUACAGUACCUGGUGAACAGUUACAACACGGACAACUACAUAAAAUGGCUCCUGGAUAACACCCGGAUACACAUCCUGCCAUCCAUGAACCCGGACGGGUUCGAGGUGGCACGAGAGGGACAGUGCGACGGAGGCCAGGGCCGCUACAACGCACGGGGCUUCGACCUCAACCGCAACUUCCCCGACUACUUCAAGCAGAACAACAAGCGAGGCCAGCCCGAGACAGAUGCCGUCAAGGAGUGGACUAGCAAGAUUCAAUUUGUCCUGUCCGGAGGACUCCACGGAGGAGCCCUUGUCGCCAGUUACCCCUUCGACAACACACCCAACUCCAGAAUAUGCCGUUCUUCACCAUUAUGUUCAGUGUUCCAAAGCUAUGCGUCAACACCAUCAAUAACACCAGAUGAUGACGUGUUUCGCCACCUCUCACUUACCUACUCACGCAACCACCCCACAAUGCACCUGGGCCAGGCCUGCAAGCAGGGCACACCCUCGUUCAAGAACGGCAUCACCAACGGAGCAGCCUGGUACCCCCUUACAGGAGGAAUGCAGGACUUCAACUACGUCUGGUACGGCUGCAUGGAGGUGACCUUGGAGCUCUCCUGCUGCAAAUACCCGGCAGCCAGCGAGUUGCCUAAAUUCUGGGAUGAGAACAGACUGCCGCUGAUCAAGUUCUUGGCUGAGGCUCACCGAGGGGUCCACGGCUUCGUUAUGGAUGACAAUGGCAACCCGAUCGAGAAGGCUUCCCUCAAGGUCAAGGGUAGAGACGUCGGAUUCCAGACCACCAAGUACGGAGAGUUCUGGAGGAUAUUGCUGCGCAUCUACAAACUCGAGGUGUACGCCGAUGGGUUCGCGCCACGUGAGAUGGACUUGAUGGUGGUAGACGAACAUCCGACGCUGCUGAAUGUGACUUUAUUCCCCGCCAAGAGACAAGAGAAUUUCUACCGUCCUCCACAACAGCAUUAUUACCACCACCAUGGGCCACCUCACACCUCCAAACCUAGCACAGACAACAGCUUCCUCGGCUCUCUAACUUCAGGCUUCAGCAACAUUUUCAACUAUUUCGGUUAACUGAUCUUAGAAGCGAAAACCAUGAAGGAUCUACUCCAGAUUCUCAAACUUUGACCAUCAACUUACUGCUUGGUUUUCUUUACGAUGGCCUAGUGUUUAACCGCUACAAUACCAAAACCAAUAUAUAAAUUAUCUUGUCCUCUAGAACGCGAUUGGACUUCUUGACCAAUCUGAAGAAUAUCUUCUACUUUCUCUACACAGGAGCAAAAUCAUGAAAUUCACUUCAUGGACAAAUCUAGCAUGUGCCUAGUUAGAAAUAUCAUCCGUUUAAUUCAAACAAAUUUAAAAAAUACUCAACACACAGCAUGAGUAGUUUUAAUACUUGCAGUUUGGAAAUUCUGUUCCCUCAUUCUCAUUUUGAGCCAAACCUUUGAUUGUAUUAGUUGUAUUAGCCAAGAGAUAAUUCAUCUGAUGCUAUAAAUUGAGGCCCCUCUGUGGAGCUAGAAGCUAAAAUGGUUCAGGAUUCCAACAACAAUCAAAGUUAUGUGGCACAGCCCUGUUCCAGUGAUUUUCUGAAACCAAUUAUUCCAUCAAACAAAUGUUCAUUUAUUAAACACAAGUUUUUGAGAAAAAUUAAGUUGGUACUGAGAAUUGAAGCCAAGAUUUAUUGGAAUAGGUCUUGUUCAUAGAUGACUCAGUAUCUUGUAAAGGUAAUGUUUUUUUAAAUUGGAAUUAAGGCAUUAGAAACCUGAAUUAUCUCUGUGGAGCUAGAAUCUAAGAUCGUUCAGGAUCGUUCCAACAACAAUCAAAAUUCAAAAUCGUAACAAUCUAAGUUAUGUGGUGCAGCCCUACUGUCGGACCUCAUAAGUAACUGACUGAAAUAAUCUUUUGGACCUCAGCAUCAUACCUCGUUCGUUUGAAUGACUAUUUUCUUGUCCUUUGUUUGAAGUUAUUUUUGACAAUAGAAGGAUUGUGAAGGAAACAUGAUUGUUCUGGACAUUUGCCAUCGUUCAGUGAAACAAAAAAAUCAGUAACACUACGUUUCGAGAUCUGCAAUCUGAAACCUGUAUCUAAAAACCUGAAGAAGAGAUCAGAUUGCAGAUCUCGAAACGUAGUGUUACUGAUUUUUUGAUCUCUUGUGUAACUAAUGCAAUCAAAGGUCAAACCCACCACAACCUUGAUAUUUCUAACUACAAAACAUAUGUUUACAAACUGGUAAGUUUUAAUGACUAAAUAAUGUUUUAAUAUUGGAUAACAUAGUGUACGAUAUUGUAGUUAGAUUUGUAUUAAGUAGAAUUGAGUCUAAUGUAAUACUAAAGCUUACCACGUACUUCAUUUUUACAAGAUUUUUAAAAGUUUUUACUUUAGAGCAGAACACUUUCAUAUUAGAACACAUAUGUACAAAUAAACAAGGUGCAUCAGUUUAAUUUCACAGAAACAUUACUGUACUGCCCACAAAAUUUUAAUUCCUUACCAACAACUAUUUAAAAAAUUGUACUAUGAUUGUUUGUAAUUUAUUAUAUUUAUUUUAAGUGUAUAAUUUACAAUAUUUAAAAACAUUAGUGUACAAGAUGGGCCAUACGUCACUUGACAAAAACGUAUUUAAUGUCUUAAACAUAACCUCAAAACAAUAUUGUAGUAAGACAACUGCUAGUGUCAAGCGACUAAUGGCUCACCCCUUAUUUUGAUCCCUGUUGUUUAAUUAUAAUCUAAUGUAGUUGUAAGAUUUCAUAAAUUAUUAUGAAUUUAUAGAUUCUAAAUUUUUUAAACAUCCACCGUGUCUCAGCUCUGCUUAUUUUCUCAGCUGAAUAAAUAAGCAAUUAGGUAAUUAACCCAGAAAACUGCUCUCAAUUUAGAUCUAAAAUUUGAAAGUUUUUUAAUGAUUUGAUCUGUUCCUAGCAGAUCGUUGAUACAUUUAACGCAUGAACGUGGGUAGAAGUUCAUGCGUUCCAAUUUUUCAUCUCAAACCUCACCCUCUUGUUCCAUAGCAAUGCCUGUCCUGUUCUGCUAAGAUGGUACAUUUAGAGAUAAUAAUUACAUCUAAAGUAAGUAAAGAUUUGUAAAUAGUCGUAUUCACCAGAAACUGAUUUAUAUUAUCACUUUAUAGUUUAUCUCAUCUACACUAUAAUCUUACUUUAUAACACUGAUGACCUUAUUCUUAACAUUUUUUUACAGAGUUUACCUACUUAACACUUUGAGUGUGGGUCCUUUAAUUUUAUGGAGUUAAUGUUUUUUUUUAUUUUAGCGUAUUACAUAUUUAAUUUUACGAGCUCUGCUCGGUACUCUGUGACGUCUAUUGUGUUGUUUGCAACACAAUUCACCACUAGAAUGUGCACGCUGUAUUGUGUUCAAUUGUUUACAAAGGAACAGCUGGCGGUUUGCAUUGUUUAUUUUUGUUUGUCCGCUCAAAAUUGAGUCAAGCAUUUACACGACUUGAAUGCUAUAAUUGUUUCAUUUAUAGCAUUUCAUUUACAAGGGUAAUUUCACUUAAAAAAAUAAAUACUUUUUAAAAAUAUUGUAAAACGAAUUGGUUUUCUUUCUUUGUAUGGAAAAACUUUAUUAAUAAACUUUUGUUUUCAAAAAUGUGAAAAACGUUUUUUGUAUAUUUAUAAUAAUAAAGGAAUACUACUUUCCAUGUCGCAAUAAAAAACAUACUCAGAUUUCAGCAAUGUAAUUAAUUUUUUACAUCUUAAUAUUAAUUUUGAGUUUUUCAAAAACGGCCAGCAAUUAUGAUGACGACAUAUUUCAGGGCCAUCUCUCAAAGCGUUAAUCUUGAUCUCGCUAUAGUUAAUCUAUUUCUUCAUAUAACGAAAUCCAUUUAUCUCUAGUGAAAUGUUUAGCAUUAAAAACAUUGUGUGUUUCGUGUUAAAAUUGACAAAAUGUACUCAGCGUAAGAUACACCUUAUCACAUACUACUUAAACAAAAGUUUGAUAUUAAUCUAUACCUUAUGAUAUUAAGCAUAUCAUGGUGUUUUUCUUUUUUUAUAUUUAUGUUGUUUAAUUUAUUAUUACUAUUUAAGUUGUUAUUAUUUGUAAAUUAUGCAAUUUUCUAGUGCACAACGUUUUUGAUACAGUGCACAAAGACUUGUAAAUAUUCUGUAUAAAGUUAAGAGUAUUCUUGAAUAUUUCACUCUACUCCAGUCUUUCAGAUAUUGUAUUGUUGUAAUUUCCAACGUAAGAAAGAAUGACUGAGUGUGACUGAGAUGUCAAUUAUUUUAUACCUGGUUAGUUUUAAAAGAAUAAAAUAUUUGUUUAAAA